AUGAUCACUACGCAAAGUACCACUCAAAACACAACUACAAAAAGACGCAACUCUUUGCAUACGAAUCUAUUCGACCCGCAACUUUUCCAGGUCCCUGGGGCCCCUGUACAACUCCAACCUCAAGCUCAUUUCCGAACCCCCAGUUCGGUCGAAGCUCACCGUUCUGGUCCCGUGCAGCAUGGUGCUUUUGCAAAACUAGCGUCUAGUGUUCCAGAAGACGUGAGGGGAUAUUUACCAGUCGUAAAUGUCAAAAUCACGGCGUUGUGCUGCGUCUGGUACGUCACAUCUUCCGUUUCCAGCAACCUUUCAAAAGCUAUUUUGAGUGAUUUUCCCCACCCUGUGGCCCUCACAGAACUUCAAUUUUUCAUCAGCGCAGUGCUGUGUGUGCUGUUUGUUACAAUAGCCAAUCAACUCAGCUCUGAGACUCAAAAGGCAGGUCCUUUGUCUCGGGCUGUGCUUUCUUUUCCAGAAGGCAUAAUACCCAGCUAUGUGAACGGCGACUUUAAGCUAUGCGUGGUAAACAAGUUUUUAAAGCCAUGCAAGUUGGCUCUGGCAGCGACUUUCCCAAUGGGUAUUUUCCAGCUGGUGGGCCACAUCAGCUCCCAUGAAUCCACCUCACUCAUUCCAGUUUCCUUUGUUCAUUCAGUAAAGGCUCUUUCGCCAAUAAUGACUGUCUGCUAUUACAGGUUUUUCAAGGGAAAGCAGUACAAUAUGAUGACAUAUCUCACACUAAUACCCUUAAUAAGUGGGGUUAUCACCACUUGUUGGUCAACGCAUGGUAGUCCAAAGAAAAGUGAAGUUAUCAACGAGAAUCAAUUCGUCAAGGGCAUCUUGUUCGCUCUUUUGUCGAUGAUGAUAUUUGUUUACCAAAACAUCUUCGCUAAGGGUAUCUUGACUGUUAAGAAACAGCGGGGUAUUUUGCCAUCAAAAUCCGAAAAGCAAGCUUUCCACAACGAAAAAGAGUACUCGCCAUUGCAAAUUGACAAGCUCACCAUCCUCUUUUACUGUUCGUGCAUUGGCUUUAUUUUGACUUUGCCCAUUUUCAUUUCGAACGAGCUUUUCAACAAAAGCUCUACGCAAAGUGUUUUCAACGACUUGACGGGCAGAGCAUUGCUUUUGGUAUGGAUCCAUGGCUGUACACAUUUCCUUCAGGCUAUGCUUGCGUUCCAGCUAGUUGGGAUGCUAAGUCCUGUCAACUAUUCCAUCGCCAAUAUCAUGAAGCGUAUUGUGAUCAUCGCGGUUGCACUUACUUGGGAGUCGCGCUUUUCUUUCCAGCAGGUUUUUGGCCUAUCACUAACAAUCUUGGGCCUUUAUGGCUACGACAAGUGGGGCCUCACCAUGAAAUGA